CUUCACGUUUUACGUGACUUAAGGCUUGCCCACAACACCAUGAAAUACUUUGCGUUGUGACCAACCCAAUGAGUGUUCUGGGCAAGGAUCAGCCGCUGGGCGGGACCUCCGCGCAAUGCAACCAGACACCGGUCAGGCGCCCUCGGCCGCCUUCACCCCCGCCAGCACGCCCGCACCUGCUCACAGCUCCCGAUGGUUCUACCCGCAUCGACCCCUACCACUGGCUGCGCGAUGACGAGGCACGGGACCCCGAAGUGCUGUCGUACCUGAGGCGGGAGAACGACUACGCCCGAGCCGUGCUGGCGGGAUACCAGCAGACCCAGUCAGAGCUGCUAGAGGCCAUGACCGCCCGGGUGCCGCCCACGGAGCACACGCCGCCCGUGCCGGGACCCGUCGUCUUCACUGCCAGUGCCACCCGCGCCGCGGGCAGCAGCAGCAGCAGCAGCAGCAGCAGCAGCAGCAGCGGUCACGGCUACAGCCAGCUGCCAGGCCGCAGCGGUGAUGGUGACGAUGACAGUGGCGGUGAUGAUGGCUCAGGAGGGGAUGGGCGCUGGUGCUGGUACUGGUACGGCACCACUAGGGGGCCGAGGCAGCGGCACUGGGUGCACCGGCGCUGGAGGGUGCCUCUGCCGGCGGCGGCACCACAUGAUGCGGGUGGCAGUGCCGGACCCCUGGCGUACGGGCCCCUGGCUGCGGCCCCGGCUGAGGGCGCUGCUGAGGUUGUGGCUGCGGCUGAGGGCGAGGUGGUUCUGGACCUGAACCGGCUGGCGGCAGAGGUGGCGGCGGGGGCAGACUGGGAGGCAGGGGCGCAGGCGGGGGAGGAGGGGGCACGGGAGGAGGCAGGGCCGGAGGAGGGGGCCGCCAGCCGCUCUGGUGGCAGCGGCAGCGAGGAGCGCGGCAGUGCUGGGAGCAGCACCAGCAGCACCACCAGUACCAGCAGCAGCAGUAGCAGUAGCACCGGUGGUGGAGGCCGCCGCGGCAGUAGCUACUGCGAUGUUGGUUGCGUCAAGCCCUCCCCCGACGGCACCCACGUGGCCUUCACACUGGACGUCCUGGGGGACGAGCAGUACAGCCUGUACCUGCAGCGCGUAGGCAGUCGCAGUAGCAGCGGCAGUGGCAACAGUGGAGGUGGCGGCGGCAGUAGCAUUGGGGGCCGCGGAAGCGGUGGCAGUAGCAGCGGCAAUACAGGCGGCGGGCCGCGGCCGCGGCUGCUGCUGCGUGGCUGUGGGCCGGCGGUGGAAUGGAGUGCGGACGGCCGGACUGUGCUGGCGCUGAGGCUGACCCGGCGCACCCACGAGGCCUACCAGCUGGUUCAACUGGACCUAGGCCCGGAUCUGCGUGGAGGGACACAGGAGCCGCGGGUGGGGGCGGGGGAAACAGAGGAGCCGCAGCCGGAGCAGAUCAUGGGGCUAACAGAGAAGCCGCAGCUGGAGCCGGAGACAAGGACGACCAGGGGGGAGCCGCAGCCGGAGUCGGGGGCGGCGGCAGCAGGAGGCGGCAGCAUCGGGGCCGGGGCUGCCGUGCAAGUCUUGUUGGAGGACUCUCAGCCCGGCAGCUCGUUGGAGCUGGCGGGGCACACCUCCUGCGGCGGGUGGCUGCUGGUGGGGCGCAAGGGGCCGGGUGGCCGCACCCUACUAGCCAUGCAGCAGGAGCACCCUCUGCCGCACGCGCGCCAGCCCUCAUCAGAGACCGAGUCAGUACAGGCUGCGCAGCAGCCGCAGCCACAGCCACAACCGCAGCCACAACCGCAACCGCAACAGCAGCUGCAGCUGCCAGCUGGACUCAGCCUGGGCUCGCCUCAGUCCGACGCUAGCAGCCAACCGCACCGCCUGCCGAACUGCUGCUGGGCUGUUGUGGCGCCCGCGUCAGACGAGUGCGACGUGCUAAGAGCGGACUACAUGUAUGGCGGCGGAAGCGGAGGCAGCAGUGCCAGUAGCAGUAGCAGUAGCAGUAGCAACGGCGCCCAUGCUGCUACUGCCGGUGCUGCUACUGCCGGUGCUGCUACUGCCGGUGCUGCUACUGCCGGUGCUGUUACUGCCGAGGCGGCCACAUUUGCGGUGUUGAUGGACACGGACACGUACCCGGACGGACACGUAUGCGCCGUCACUGGGGGAGACCUGCGCAGCCGAGUGGUGCUACUGCCGGGGAGUCCCGGGCGGCAGGUGGUGGACUUGGUGGUGGUGGAGUGGGAGGAGGCGCAGCAGCGGGGGCAGCCGGAGGAGGACGAGGACGAGGAGGAGGAGGGGCAACAGCAGCAGCAGGGCUGUAGCACUGGUGUGGGCGGCGUCAGCAGCAGCCGAAGCAGCUGCAGUCCUCGCAAUCAUGUGCGCCGCUACCUUGUCGUACACACGCUGUCGAACAUGCAGGCGGCAGUGCGUGUGUACGACGUCAGUGACGUGCGGCAGCGGGUGGAGGCGGCACGUGCGGCGGCAAUGGCGGAGCAGCAGAAAGGGCGGAUUGCUCAGGAGGCAGGAGUGGGCAGUCGCAGCAGCAGCAGUAGCGGACUAGCCGAGUCGGAGGAGGGCGAGGGGAUGGAGACGGAAGAGGAGGAAGAUGAGCCGCCCUGCGUGUCGCCGCCGCUGCCGCUUCUGUGGACGUACUUGCCUGGCGAUGAGGUGGCUGGCGGCACCAGCACCAGGAACAACAGCGGCCCCGACACUUGUACUGGCGGCGGUGGCGGGGAGCAGGCGUCGCCGUCAGCUGGCGGAGGCGGCGCCACUGCCGCGUCCCCUGCCGCUGCACCGGGCCAUGGCGCUUCACCGUGUAUGCCGGCUGCCUGCCCGUCGCCACCCGGAGCAGCAGCAUGCGGCUUUGAUUCCAACCCAGCAACCACAUGCCAUACCACCGAUGGCCCCGCCUCCGCCCCAAACCCAGACCCCGGGGCCACGUGCCACGCCUGCUGCCUGGGUGCCGUGUCCUCACUGGUGCUGCAGCACGGCGUGUGGACUCCGCACGUGCGUCUGCCGUACGUGCGGUUGUCGUACAGCAGUCUGACCACGCCCACAACCACCGUGGACCUGGACCUGGAGAGGCGGGUGGCGUGGCGCCGGCAGGUGGAGGAGGUGGCGGGUGGUUUUGCCCCGGGCGCCUACCUCAGCGCCACGCUGUGGGCGACCAACCCCGCCGACGGCACGCGUGUGCCUGCCAGCCUGGCCUGCCGCGCCGACGCCUGGCCGCCCGCCACCGGCCGCCCGCUGCCGGCAGUGGUGCAGGUGUACGGAGCGUACGGCAGGAAGCUGCUUCCGGACUUCAAUCCCGCGGACCUCGCCAUUCUGGACGGCGUCAGUGUGGGCGUCGGUGUAAGCCAAUCGGGCGACAGCUGUGCAGCUGGCGGUACCUGUGACAAUCACGGCAGCGGAAGCGCAGCUCAGCAAGAAUUGGGUGCCCGAACAGAGCCCAGCAGCAGCAGCAGUAGCGGCGGAGGCGGCAGCGGUGGCGGUGGCGGCAGCGGUGGCGGUGGCGGCAGCAGUGGCGGUGGCGGUGGCGGAGGUGGCAGCGGAGGCGGCAGCGGUGCCGGUGGCGGUGGCGGUGGCGGAGACAGUGCCGACACCCGCCGUCAGCCGUGUCUGCUGGUCAUCGCGCACGUGCGGGGCGGUGGGGAGCUGGGCGCGGCCUGGCACCGGGCCGGCAAGCGGCGGUGCAAGGUCAACAGCGCGGCGGACCUGGCGGCAGUAGCAGGCGCACUGGUGGCUGGCGGCUACUCCCGAGCUGGGAAGAUGGCGGUUUGGGGCCGGUCCGCAGGCGGCCUGGCGGCGGGCAUGGCGCUCUGCGGCGUCCACCACCGACCACCACCCGGGACGGGCUCUCCCCCUCCCCCUCAUGCUUCACCUUCUCCCAUUCCGCCUCCCCCUCCCCCUCUCCCUUCGCCUGCCCCGGGGGCUCUGUUCUCGGCUGCGGUGUUGGACGUGCCGUUCCUGGACGUGCUGGGAGCCAUGUGCGACUCGCGGCUGAGGCUCACGGCACAGGAGCGACCCGAGUGGGGAGACCCGGAGAAAUGCCAGGCCGACUACGCCUACAUCCGCUCCUACUCGCCGUACGAGCACGUGGCGGCCCUAGCUGCCGCUAGCCCCCCGGCCCCGGCGCUGCUGCUGACAUGCGCGCUGCACGACAGCCGAGUGCCGUACUGGGGCCCGGCCAAGUUCGUGGCGAGGCUGCGAAGCGAGCUGAGGGGAAGGAUGGCGCUUGACGAGCACGGGCCGCGGGAGACAGAGGAGGAGGCGGAUGCAGGAGUACUUGCUAUGGGUUGUAAGUGUGGACCGGCGAUAGAGAGCGCUGCAGUCGGCGGGGGUUGUGUGCGGUUUGAAGGGGGAGUUGAGGGGGAAGGCCGUGAGGUCGUAGAUUCAAUCAGGCUGACCGGUGUGCUGCUGCUGACGGAGACGGGCGCUGGCGGCCACUUUGCCAGCGGGGCCCUGGGUGAGCGGGCCAUGCGCUCGGCUUUCCUGUUGCAGCGCGUUGCAUCUGUGGAAGCUGAUGCGCGGGCAAGCACAAGGAGGGGGCUAAAUAUAUGAAGUGGGCAUUGCCGGAUAAAACGUCGGCAGGAUUGUACGCAGGCAGCACGGGCAAGAGCGGGACCAGAACGCUGGAUACGUUCAGGAUGGCGCCCUAUGGCGCCGGUGCUGUAGGCAGUUGCCAACGGAGCCCUGGUUUCAUAAGAGGAUGCCGUUGGCGUUUUGCUUCCGAUAAUGUACUGCAAGAAGGUGUAGGUUGCCGCGGAACCAAAGCUGACUGAAGGCAUGCGACAUGUUGCCCACAAGUGCGGCCUCGUGUGAGGUGUUUUGCGAGCCUCAGGUCUUGGGAUAUUGCUACAUGCAAGUCGCCGCUUUUCUACUACAUGAUUCAAACGCGUUUAAAAAGCUA